AUGCCUUUAAACAUAUUGGGGACCUUGAUCUUUGAGGGGACAGACAAAAUCCCAUUCUAUCCGCAAAUAAAGAGGUAUGCACCAUAUGUGGCGGUAAUUGGAGGGCUCAAGUACUGGCUUCGGGGUCGCUCAAACACCUGGGAGCGCAAUCUGCAUGGGAAGGUAUAUAUUGUAACUGGUGCGACCAGCCAAGGGAUGGGUACCUCCGUGGUGUUAGAUAUGGCGCGGCGGGGGGCGCAAUUGGUGAUUCUGACGCGGUCGACGGAUGAGUGGGCGUCCGAAUGGUGCGAGCAGCUCCGCGAACAGAGCAACAACCAACUGAUCUAUCUGGAAAAGUGCGACCUGGCGGACCUACACCAGGUGCGGAAGUUUGCGACCACGUGGUUGGACAACUCCCCUCCCCGCAGACUGGACGGGUGCAUAAUCAUGUCAGGGGACAUAGAGCCUCUUGGAUGGCCUUGGGCGCGCGGAAUUGCACCUCGGCGGUUCAGUCCGUACGGUGUGGAGAUACAAGUGGCGACGAACUUUGCAGGCACAUUCCACCUAUUGCAUUUGCUACAGCCGAGCUUCAAGGCGCAGCCGCCAGAUCGGAACGUGCGCAUCAUUGUGACCACGUGCUUCCUGCAGGCUCUCGGCACCGCGAACGUGGAGGACCCUCUCUGGCUCAAGGACAGCGGCUUGCGCUCGUUGCGACUAUUCAGCAGCUCGAAGUUGCAGCUCAGCCUGUGUAUGCUCGAGCUACAGCGCAGGAUGUUCCAAGAUAUAAAGAAGACCUCCAAAGAUGGCCGAAGCGGCAAGAACAUCAGCGUGACUCUCGUGGACCCAGGCCUCAUGCGGUCUUCCUCCCUGAGACGGGUUGUGAGCAACGGCUCUGUUUGGCUCCUGCUAAUGCUCUACUGCGGAAUCCUCUAUCCAAUCAUAUGGCUCAUUGCGAAGAGUGGGUACCGAGGCGCCCAGGUGGUGCUCCAUGCGCUAAUGUCUCCCGAACUCGAGGAAGUCAAUAGGGCCGACCCCGAAUCGGUCCUGUAUCUCGUCGACUGCCAGAAGGCGCCCUUUGCACGCUCAGAAUUCAAGGACACGGAGCUGCAGAAGAAGUUGUAUGAUGCGACAGUCGAGAGGAUCAUGGCCCUCGAGAAAAAGGUAGCAGCCAAGAGAAACAUAGCUAAGAAUACUAAAUAG